AAGCAUCUUGCGGUCAUUAAGUGCGCCUGGAUGAAUGAUGGCGUCAAGGGCGGAGGAAAGGGCUGACUCGUUGAUGUCUUCGGCGGAGCAAUUUAUGAGGUCCUUGAUAUGUUCCAAGGCUUUCAGCCCCGAGUCACUCGAAGAAAGAGCAGCGUCGAAAGCUAGAGACGCCAAACCAUUUGCUUCACUGUUGGUUGAAAAGUGCGAUAAAAAGGUUUGGUCGAGGGACGACAUGACAGUCAACGACGAAGAUAUUGAAGUGGAACCUUAAUAGCCAGACAUUUAUGCGAUACUUAUGGGCCGACAUGAACUCCUUGAAACCUUCAGUAACCAUCCCGGCCUGAAUUCCCCAAGAUCUGUUCUUGGCGUUACGGGGUUUCUCCUUCUCCGAGCUAGCACUCAAUGUUAACCGACACGCAAAGCAAAUUAGACCAAAAGUUCACAACAGUAUAUGCCGCUCACGAGUGAUAGUGUUUGCUCGCUGUGUCGAACGAUGAGCCUCCACUACGCAAAUGACAGAGCGCAUUGGGCAAAGGUUGAAAGUCGUUGAUAUGGUGUCGAAAUAAGUUCAGUGGCACCGUAUCGCCACUGUCCCAUGAGCGUUUCA